AUGGCUACGUUUGAAUAUUAUCAGCAACAACUGAAGGAUGCGAAGAAUGAACUGGACAAGGCGAACGCGGCGUUGGACAAGGCGAACGCAGCCAAAUUGUGUUCAUCUUUUUUCUCACUCAAUAUAACAGCUGGGCUUGUGAAAAAAAGAAAAGCAGGUGAAGGGCUGUCUUUGGAUUCUCCUGCCCAGCGCAAGCAAUGUCUUGAACAAAUUCCUAAAAUGGCACCAUCAUCCUUGGCAAUGUUAGCCAACAUAAAGGACUUUCUGCCUGAGAAGCUUACUACCACACCACCAACUUUCUACUCCAACCGCCCAACACAAGACUAUGCUUCUUUUCCUGCUGCACUCCUACAUCCUGUAUUUGGUCAAUUUCAGCAUGACCGUGAACACUAUAAACCAAAACGAAAAGACAACAUGCUCUUACAGGAAUUGUCUAUGCAGAUGGUGCGCUUUUAUGAUCAUGAGCGAGAGCGUGCAAGAGUAUUCCGUGAGAUUUUGGAAAAUAACUAUAGCAUCCAACUGAUGGCUGCUGAGGUUGAUAACAGUUCAUCUUGCACAGAUGGUCACAUGCAAGAGAAGGGAAAUGUUUGUGUUAUCUCUGAGGCUAAGAAUGAACUCGGUCUAGGUGGCAAGGAUCCAUAUUUCCAAGGUGGGUUCUACUAUGUGGAACUCAUACGCAGGCAUGCAUAUGAGCGGAUAAAUUCUGUUCUACCAUGCAUACUCAUAUUCUAUGCUGGUCCAAAUUUUGGUUUUGCAGCUUUAGCGAUGACAGAUGCCAAAAUUCACUUAGCACCUCUCACCCCUCUUAUCCCUUUAUACACUGAGCCACAUGACUAUUUUAUGCACAAGAUGGCAGCACAAGCCUUUGGUGCAUUCAGACGUGCUGUUAAACAGCUAAAGAAAUACUAUAAUGAAGGUAAUGCCCAGAUUCAAAAUCCACUGCCUGUCAGCCCAGAAAGUCUGGAAUUUCCCUAUAUUCGUGAAUUCAUUCCAAUUCAGGGAGGUGAAGGUGCUACUCCCAUUCAAUUCAAAUAUACAGGCCAACAUCCAUCUAAAAAGCUAAUAUUCUAUGGCGAAACGGAAAAGGGGGGUCAAAUAUGCAUCAAAUUCACUCGGAGGUACUCAAGUGAAACACACCAGUAUUGUGCUUCGUUAAGGGCUGCACCAGUUCUACAUGCUUGUCAAAUGAUUAUUGGUGGGUGGUAUUUAGUAGUUAUGGAUGCAAUCAAUCCUAAUGAACAUAGAGUAUACUCAGAACGGCACAUGGACAAUUUUCCGUCCACUGUUGGACUUGGUCGCAAGAUUAGAGAGGUUGUCACUCAACUUCACAACCGAAAUAUGGUUCACGGCGACCUACGAGAUACAAACAUCAUUGUGGCGAACGACGGCAGCUUUAUGUUAAUUGACUUUGAUUGGUCAGGGAUAGAGGGACAAGUGCGCUAUCCACCACUUGUCAACUGUGUUGAUAUCCAGCGACCAGAUAACGUACUAGAUGGAAACCUCAUCAUGCGGCAAGACGAUGUCUAUAUGCUCGAUAGGUUGUUUCCAUUACCAGCAGUGGAUGCAAUGGACAUGAUGGAAAUGCCUGAUUGA